GCGUCGGCCGUGGGUAUAUGAUGGUUCAGGAGGAGCGUCCACGACACAGUUAUCCAUCGGCCAUCUUGACCGGGAUGGAAGUUCUAGCAAACAAUGUUCCCGACUCUUCGAAGAAGAACCCUUCUUCCUCUUUCCAUCCCAGUCUCUCCUUCUUGCCUUCGAACACUCUCCUUCCACCUCCUCUCCCACUCCGUCUCCACCCUCACAGCUGAGCCAACCACCGGACCAUCCUCCGCCGCUGCCCUCAACCCCGUCCUCUCCGCCCUCUUGAAAGCCCGCCGGUUCGAAGCCGCGCUCUCCCUCUACCACUCCUCGCUGCAGUCGGGCCUGAAGCCCGACUUCACCACCCUUCACAUCGUCCUCGACUGCUGCUGUGCGACCCGCCGCACCAGCCUUGCGUUCAAGGUGUUCGACCAAAUUAUCUCCCUCGGUUACACUCCAAACUCCAUCACCUUCACUUCACUCAUCAAGGGAUUCUGCCGUGAAGGAAAGAUUUCUGAAGCUUUAAAACUUUUUCAUGACAUGAAGGAGAAGGGACCGAGCCCGAAUUGCUUCACCUACGCUAUUCUCAUUGGUUUUGUGUGCGCCGAAUCGAAUCCCGAACUGGGCUUGGAUUUGAUUCGUGAAAUGUUGGUGUCAAGAUUGGAACCGAAUUCUUUUAGUUAUAAUUUAGUCUUUGGAAGUUUGUGUAAGAUAGGGAAAACUAAAGCAGCGAAGAAUCUUUAUGGAAGGAUGACAAAGUUGGGAAUAGUGGGUAAUGUGAUCUCGUAUACUAGUUUUAUAGUUGCAUUGUGCCGGGAGAAGAAUUUGGUGGAGGCAAAGAAGGUCUUUUGUGAGAUGCUGGAGAAGGACGUAUCUCCGGAUGUUGUGACUUACAAUACUCUGAUUCAUGGCUUCUGUGGGAAUGGGCAAUUGGAAGAUGCCUUCAAAAUGGUCACCAAGAUGAUAGCACUUGGGGUCAACCCAGAUAUAGUCACCUACACAACAGUCAUUAAAGGGCUCUGCAAGGAGAGGAGAGUGAAAGAGGCAUUGGAACUUUUAGAUGUGAUGAAUCAUCAAGGGCUACAUCCUGACAAGUUCACGUAUAGUAUUCUAUUCGAUGGGUUGUGUAAAGAUGGUAGAUUGGAUGAUGCGGUCUGGCUGUUCGAUCAAAUGAAAGGGAGUGGAUUUGGAGAUGAUAUUGUUUGUUACAAUACUUUGAUUGAUGGGUUCUGCAAAAUGGGGGAUAUGGAAGGAGCUUAUAGGCUUUUUGAGGAGAUAUCUGAGAAAGGGCUACAGUGUGGAGUGGUCACAUAUAACACCCUGAUGGAUGGGUACUGUAAAAUUGGAAAAAGUCAGGUUGCAAGAGAGCUAUUAUGUGACAUGGAAAGGUAUGGUCUUGGGCCAGACGUGGUCACUUACACUACACUGAUAUGUGGUUAUUGCAAGGAAGGGAAUCUUGAGCAGGCUGAGCAUUUGCUUGAUGAGAUGAUCUGUAGAGGACUAGAACCUGAUGCUAUCACAUAUAGAGUACUAGCAGAUGGAAUUCGUAGGAAGGGGGUCUUCCAAGAGGCACAAGGUUUGCUGUACUAUUCAAAUGAAAUGAGAUAGAAUUCUGUUAGUGUAACAUCCUCCUAAAUUCUUAAUGGAUAUUUCUUGCUAACAUCCAACUGCCGGGAGCCAAAGGUAUCAUCAAAAGAAGGACAAAAUUGGGAUCCUUGGAAUGUGGCAAUCUACCCCAUGCUGGAUUGAUGGGGUUUUGCAUCAAAGAUGGGAUUAAGGAUGACAUCUAAGUGUUUCAUGGAACUCUUGCAAAUAGCAAAGCUAUAUUAUGCUUAUGGCUUCACUUUCUCUAAAUCCUGUUUCUUGGUGUGAUCAGCAUUAUUGUGACAAUGAUGUGCCGCUGAUAACAUCUGGAAGACAGGAAAAGAUGGAUAAUGAUUUUCUCAUGAGCUCAUGUGUGUUAUGCAGUAGCAUUUCCAUGUAUCAGCUAUUUGACUGGGAUAUAAUCAUUGGAUGCAAGAAACUUGAUUCUCAAAUUAAUAUGCUCAGGAUUAUAUGCUUGGAUUCCAACAACAAUUUACAGCCUCAGGGCGUAAUCAAGGUAGCAGACCAUUGUUUUUAACAUCUGGUGGGUAGAACAUGAACUGCUGCAACGGAACCUCAUGGAUUCAUCAUGUCUAGGUUCUUCACUUUCAGACCACGAUGAAGUUGUCUGAAAGCAUCUCCAGUGUAACCUUUGAAGAUGAUAAAAUCAGAUACUCUCAGCAAGUUUUAAUGACUGUCCUGGGCACCUUUUUAUGGUAGUGAAAAUUUUUGGUUUCAAAUA